AAAGGCUCCGGGCGGAAGACGGAAGCUUAAUGAGCGUCUGAAUGUCCUGUCUGCUGGGAGUUGUAGUCUUGGGAAGCUAAAGGUGGUUGGUUGGUGUGGGUAGAGACGACAUCGGAGUUGGCGAAAUUCGGGAGCGCCUGGGCCAGGCGGAAUGGAUAAAUUAAAGCGGGUUCUCAGUGGGCAGGACGGGGAGGACCCGGGACCUUUGACGGAGAUAGCUGAUACAUCUUCCUUAAGCUGGAGUACCAGACUGAAAGCCUUCAUAGCUUGUUUUGUAAUAGGAGCUGUGUGUUCUAUUCUGGGUACAGGCCUGCUAUGGAUUCCCAGGAAAGGACCUAUCUUGUUUGGAGUAUUUUACACCCUGGGGAAUAUCUCAUCCCUUGGAAGUACCAUAUUUCUUAUGGGACCUAUGAAGCAAUUAAAAAGAAUGUUUGAACCUACUCGUUUGAUAGCUACAAUUAUUAUGCUUCUAUGCCUGAUAUUAACUCUGUGUGCAGCUUUCUGGUGGCAUAAUAAGGGGCUUACUAUCCUUUUCUGCAUUUUACAGUUCUUUGCCUUGGCAUGGUACAGCAUUUCCUACAUACCAUUUGCAAGGGAUGCUGUGAAAAAAUGUUUUGCUGCGUGUCUCACAUAACAGGUCAAGUUGCGUAUCUUCUUACACUGAGGACUAGAACACCUGUACAACCAAAUGACUCUUGAAACAGCAUACACCUUCCUAAGAACAAAGCAUUAAGUUGUUAACUAAACUUGUGAAUCAGAGGACAAAGCUAUCAAAUAUUAUUCUCCAGAGGUCGAUGAAUUUUAUGAAAAAUCUCAAGAUAAACUAUGCCUCAUUUUCACUUGCAAAACUAAUACUAAAUGUGUAGCACAACACAAUCUUUUUUUCAGAUGAUUUUAUUUUGGAAAUAAAGUGGAUAUUCUAGUAAUUCUGAAGGAGAUGGGAUGAGAUUUUACUACUUUCUAUUAACACGUUUGAUUUAAAAAGUCCAAAGGACAGAUUACAUAUUGGAAAACAUUAAGCAUGUAAUGCAUUUUGGGGGGGCUCUCCAUGAAGUUCUUUUAGUUUCUUGACAUCAAGAGACCAUUUCUAAAUGCUCCCAGUCCUUUAUCUUCUAAAAUUCAUGAUUGCAAAUUGUAUGAGGGAACUAAGUGGAGUUAAUUUGUUGUCUCCUAACAGGAUAGCAAGUAUAAUUCUUUAAGUUACAUGAAGCAUAACAAGCAACAGAAUCAGUGGUUAGUACAGAAAAGUAGGAGUCAUAAAAAUAGAUAAGAGCCCUUCCAUUUCUGGAAGCAUUUCUAUUUAUGGUCUUUUACACAUGUUGCCUUGACAUGAAAUGACAUCAAGAUUUCUGCCUUUACUGCUAACUUACUUUAUGAAAGAUUUCUCCUCUCUUUGAUGCCACUGUCAUGCCCCCUACCACUUUCAUCUUCAUGUUGGCCAGAUAGGACUUUGUACAACUCAAAAGUGGACCGUAAUCUAAGUAGGGAGACAAACAUCUCAGAUUUUGAAUGCCCUCUUUUCUCAUCCUACCUUAUCUUUCAAUAUUUUAUUUCUGGUUGCACAAUUUCUGCAACUGUGGAAAUACAUUAAAGAAGUUCAUCUUAUGUUUCAUGUUCCGGUUUCCCAAUAAUCCCAGUAUACUGGGAUUAUUUAAACUGGCAGACGCUGCUGGCAUAUUGGCAAUUUUUGCUGCAUUCCUUUUCUCCCGUUUAUCCUUGGUUCUGUCUCAUAAGAAGGAAAGCUAGUGUGUGUGCAUGUUAAGAGUUAUUUGAGAGUAUUUGCAAUUGUUUAUCUUGAUGCUGAACUAUGCUUUUUUUAAAAACAAUCACCAAUUUUGCCUUUGGUGAAAUUUAUGAACUGUAAGCAAUUGCUGCCAGAAGAAUAAUGAUUUAUUAUCUAUGUUCAUUAUACUGCAAGUUUUGUUCCCCCUCAUCCUUUAAAGGAGACUAAUACAGGGUAUCAGAGCACAGAAAUUUCCCAGUAAGAAGUAGCCACAUUGCUUUUGUACUCAGUGGACCAAUGUUUGUAUUUGUCUAAUUAGCUAAGUAUAGCUCCUUUGAUAAAUAUUGUUGAUCAUUUUACUCCAGAGAUCUUGGAAGGUUCAUUGCAUUGUGCUGCUUUACCAAGCCAUUUAUAGAUCUGUAAGUUUGACAUUCAUGAAAUAAUUCAUUUUUAUUACAAAUCUAAUUAUCAUUGAAGUACAAAAUGUAUACACUGGUUAUAAAUGAAUAGAGGCAAGACAGUUCUAAGUAAUGUAUUAGAAUUGGGUGUGCCAGGCCUCUGUCUUAAGAUUUGAAUAUGUAAAUGUUCCAUAUAUGAUUCUUUCCUAUAUCUGCUGUCUUUGGGAGCAUUUAAAAUUAUCACUGCUUUAAAUAUGCAACUACCCAGAUCUGUACAUUAUAAAUUUUUAAGAUAUUGUAUAGAUAUAUAAAUAUGUAUAUUUAAUAUCAUGUUUUCAUAGUGAGGCAAUGCAUAGGUAUUAGUGAUAGUGAUAAUUGUGAACUCUCUCUUAUAGUAGAUUGUGGUGCCUCUUCCUGAUGCAUUACUGCAGCACUGAAAAAGGUUGGGGACAACGUAAUAAAAAAUAUAGGUUCCUUAUUUGUUUCAGAGGUAAAUUGUUGUGGUGGGACAGGAUACUUCUAAGCUUCAUAUAUUCCUGUCUUGGCUUUUAGGGUUACUUGAAUAUAAAGUGGUAAGAAAUUAUGUGCAAACUUGAGGGGUUUGGUGAAGCUUGCUUGAUUUUUUUCCCCUUAGGGAUUUCCUAGCUAUGUAAGUCCUUUCUUUUGAAUACCAGCUGAGAUCAUCUUACCAUUUUCCCUGUUAAUGUCUUCAGAGAGUUGAAUUUAAUAUAACGUGCACUGCUGCUUCUGAUGUGCAAUGCAUCUUACAUCUAUUUCUGUUACCUUUGAGUAACAGAAGGGUAGUAAUAGAAAUGCUGGAAAGUGCAGAUAUCCACAUAAAGAAAUUUAUAAUUUCCUACCAACUAUUAGAUCGGAUCCCACUGGGUCAUACAGAUACCAAUUUCUGCCUUUGCAUCUUGCUUCGUGUUAGCCUUCCCCAACUUGAUGCUCUCCAAGUGGAAAUGAAGUCCUCAUGGAGUCAUCAAAUUGGGAAACACUGCUUAAGAAUACUGUGGUAGCUAAUGAAAAACAAAGCCCUUUAAGUAUAUUUUGCUAGGCUUUUUCAGUCUUUGAAGAAAUAAUCUUUUGUCCAGUAUGCCUGUCUGAAGUAAUAUGUUUACUUUGGGGAGAGGAUAAGAGAAUUCUCACAAAUUCCAGUUGCAAUAAUGUCCUUGCUUGCAGAAUGUUGUUAGGCCAAUAGUAAGAUCUUGCACUUUAAGACAAGCCCCAAAUGCUCUGUCCUGUCUAACUCUUAAAUUAUUACAGUACAUAUCCAAUAGUAAUUGAACCUUUAAAUUCAAUUUGAGUAACUUCCCAUUUUUGACCUUGCUGAAUUCUUGUUGGGUAUAUUUUUUAACUAUGUUUAAUAUAUUAUUAAUGGUAUUGAAUGUCUGCAAGAAAAUCAUUUUUGAGUUAUUUCUUUUCCCUGGAAUAUGAAGUUGUGCUAAAUAUGCAUUAAGGGAGCAAGGCACUACUAUCUUGAUAUGGUUGUAUGGCCUAAAUUCUCAGUAACUUUGUCUCUGAGCCAAUGUUCAGCCUUUAUGUCCUAGCAAACAUAGAAAAAGAUAGUUUGUUUUCUGAUUUUCCCCACCCCCUCAUACUGCCAGUUUGUUAAAUCACCUAUCUUUGUGCAUUAUUACUGUACUCUUAUCACAAACUCUGCCUUAAUUGAAAAUAUGCUAGUUUCAUAAUCUAAAGUAUUUCAACCACUAAAUGUAAGUAAUACUGUCUGUUUGAGAUAUAUCUUUGAGGGGGCAUGGGAAGUGAAGUGCCUACCUCUGCAGUGUGACCCAAUCAUGCUAGCAGGGAUUUCCAUAAUAAGUAGAGUUGUGCAAAGCAUUCAAAAGAGAUACUUUUGAAGAGUACACAGUGCAAAUGAAGCAGCCCUCUUUGAACUAUUAAAACAGUUAUAUUUUGUGCAAAGCUCAAAGACAGAGCUUCAGAAACUGUCUUUGGCUGAACUGCUUUUGAAGCAGUCAUACAAGGCUUGUAAAAGACACAGCUAAGUCAGGGAGAGGUGCUUUUUUGUGUAAUAGCAGAAAGAAAGCACCUUUGUUGAAUGCUUUGCAGAACCCUCGUAAUAAGCUAUUGAUUCUCUAAUAUGAAAAAAAACAUUCCAUUUUUGUGCACUGGCUUUUGUACCUUUUCCUGUGAGCUGGAAGUUUUGUCUACCUUAGAAGAAAAUACCUUUUGGAAAGAACUCUUUUUCAGCACUCUAUCUUCUGUAAUAAAACUCUUUUCACAA